CUGCGGCCCAGCGCGCUCUGGAGGUGUCGGAGGAGCGCACCUACUCCGCCAGACUCUUGAUCAAUUAUUUGAAUGCAAGUGUCCAUCCAGAGGGUCACUCUGGAGAUGGCUGCGAAUCGGGUGGGGAAGCGUUAUAACAAUAAGAUCCACUCACCGAGCCGAGGUACCAGCCGGGAUGCUGGACUGAGCGUGCAGAAGAGGCAAGCACGAGUCACCGUCAAAUAUAACAGAAAGGAACUCCAGAAGCGUCUGGAUGUGGAAAAGUGGAUAGAUUGUGGACUUGACGAGCUGUAUUUGGGAAGGGAAGAGGAUAUGCCAGAGGAAGUGAACAUUGACGAGCUACUAGAUCUACAGCGUGAUGAAGAAAGGAUAGAGAAGCUUAAGGACAUCCUUCAUACCUGCAGUAACAACACAGAAGUUUUUAUCACAGAAUUGGUGAAUAAACUUCACGGUUUGCAGAAACAAGAAGAUCUCCACAACAAUGGCAUUGAACAUCCCCAGCUUCACGUCUUCCCUGACCGCCAGGGCUCUUCUGACACUGAGAGACUCUGAGCACCUGCACAUCUACGGCUGGUCAGUCUCCUGUAUC